AUAGGUUCAUGAUCAUUGGUCGAACGUCGAACAACCAGGCAAACAGGUCAAUCACUUUCAUCAGCUGCAGCUGGCUGGCAUAAACACACACAGCUAUGGCUCCUAAGCCACGACGUCUGAUCUUGUCAAAUUUAGUUUUCGAGAAAUUCUCCAACACAGCGCAAGGAUUCGGCUUGGCAUAUGGCCUGAUAAACGACGAGCAGUGCUAUGUUUUGGGCUUUUUACUGGCUGAUGAGUCGUCGACAGUAGCUCAGCUCUUGAGCUCUGACUCGGGGAGCUUGUCGUUGACGUCCGAGCUGCUCAAAUGCUGGGCGGCGUACGAGAAAACACUGCCAGCCGGCGUUCACAUCGUCGGAAACAUUUCCGUCCCAGGCGCAGACGACUCAUUGGUGAGCGUCGUAGAGGCGGCGAUACCGGACAUUAUCGAGGAGGGUGUGUACCACUGUCCGGAGGGAGGCUCGCCCCUGACUCUCGUUUUCAAAGAUGGGGUCAUCAAGGCGAGCAUGGUGGAUGAUUUCAUGCAGAAGGAGGAGAUCGAGUACGAAAUAGUGCCGCUCUCUGAUGUGCUGGACAACUUCAUGCUCGUGCACUUGAAGGGCCAAAUUCCCAUCAGCUCUGAAUUAAGUGACAAAGCCAUUAACGAAGAAAUGACAGAGCAGAUAUCUCGCGCUUCGAUGGGUGUGCACAGUUUUCGAUUCAAACCAGACGUGUUUCUGAACAGCCCUGACGAGGUUAACGGAGGUGAUGAAGGUCAAAAGGCUGCAAGCUUGGUUGUCCAGGACGGGGAGGGCAAGAAAAAGAAAGCAAGGCCCGGAUCUGAAAUGGAGGUUGUCAGUGCUGAACUCUUAACAAAGCCAAUCAAAUUCAUAGAGGCCAACGAGAUUCAUAAUUUCGCCAAGUGCGCUCCUUUCGUCCAGCACAAAAAAGGUAACUUUGAGAUGGUGAAGAUCGGCUUCAAUGUGGACGGCCUGUGCUACGUCCAUAAAGAAAAGCCAGUCAUCAAAAUGUAUCCGGCUCUUCAAAGCUGUCUCACCCGCCAACUUUUCUUGGCGAAAAGUUGCUUGCUCAAGGAACUGAACCAGAAAUGUGAUAUCAGUCUUCCCAUCUCCAUGCAUUUCCUCUCUCCCCAAAACGGGCAUUAUCUCACCACGGCAUUUCCCGAACAAUCAGAUGAUUCUGCUCUAGAGGAAGAUCGAAAGACCCUUCAUGAUGCAUUUGUCUUGAGCAAAGACAGGCCUGUGUUCCGGAAAGGCUGCAGGGUCACUAUCAAAGAUGACCAACCGAAAAACGCUCAGCUCAUCAAUCCCCAUGUUGGUCUUUCCCCAGGAAUCAAAGACGCGGAAGUAGCUGUGGUUUAUGGCCGAUACGCCUACCACCACUACAUGCAGGACAGCUUUGACGACAACGGCUGGGGCUGCGCGUACCGCUCACUGCAGACGCUGGUGUCGUGGUUCCGUCUGCAGGGCUACACAGACAAGCCGGUGCCCAACCACAAGGCCAUCCAGCAGUGCUUGGUGGACAUCGGUGACAAGCCUCACUCGUUUGUCGGCUCCAAGCAGUGGAUCGGCUCCACCGAGGUCAGCUUCUGCAUGGAGUCACUUCUCGGCGUCACGUGCCGUAUCAUGGCCGUCAACUCAGCUGAUGAGCUCUGCAGCCGAGCUGAUGACCUUCUAAGACACUUUCGCAACCAAGGAACACCCAUUAUGAUAGGUGGCGGGGUUUUGGCGCACACCAUCAUUGGAAUCGCCUUCAACCCAGACACUGGAGAUCUGCGUUUCUUAAUUCUAGAUCCGCACUACACGCAGGGUGAAGACCUCACGGUGAUUCAGACCAAAGGCUGGUGCAGCUGGAAAGGUCCUGAAUUCUGGACAAAGACUGCUUUCUAUAAUUUGUGUAUGCCUCAGAGACCCACCUGCCUUUAGCAAAUCCAACAAGUCUGCUGGUAAAGUGUUGCGUUUUUGUUGUUUUAUACAUUAUAUAAUUUCUCUAAUUAAAAUUAAUGGGUAUUUUGCUCCAAAAAA